UUGCAGCUUCCAAAAUUGACUUCCACCACAAUCAGCAACAAUGGGUAAAAUCAAGAAGAAGGGUGUCUCUGGCCAGGCCAAGAACUUCAUCACCCGAACCCAAGCCGUGCGAAAACUCCAAAUCAGCCUCCCCGAUUUCCGAAAACUCUGCAUCUGGAAAGGAAUCUACCCUCGAGAACCACGAAACAAGAAGAAAGCCUCGAAAUCCUCGACCGCCUCGACAACCUUCUACUACACCAAAGACAUCCAAUAUCUUCUCCAUGAGCCGCUGCUGCAGAAAUUCCGAGAUCAAAAGGCGCUUGAGAAGAAGAUUUCGAAGGCAUUAGGAAGGGGAGACGCUCAUGAUGCGCAGAGACUCGAGCGCAAUGCUUCUAGACCAGAGAAGACGGGGAAGACGAAAUAUACGCUUGACCAUGUUAUUCGAGAGAGAUAUCCUACGUUUAUUGACGCGCUAAGGGAUCUCGACGAUUGUUUGUCCAUGUUGUUCUUGUUCGCGAAUUUACCAUCCACACCGACUGUUCCUGCAAAGAUGAUCGCGAGAUGCGAGCGGUUAUGUCUUGAGUUCCAACACUAUCUGAUUGUCUCGAAUAGCUUGCGCAAGUCGUUCUUAUCUAUCAAGGGGAUUUAUUACCAGGCGACAGUUCAGGGACAAGACAUUUUGUGGUUGGUCCCAUACAAAUUCAACCAGAGGGUUACUGGAGAUGUGGAUUUCAGAAUCAUGGGUACAUUCGUGGAAUUCUACCAGACGCUCUUGGGAUUUGUUAAUUUCAAACUUUACACGUCUAUUGGACUGGUAUACCCGCCAAAGUUUGACAAGAUGAGAGAUGAUCAGGGUGCUGAGUUGGGAGCAUUUUCGCUGGAAGCAAAUGGAGUCGGAGCAAUUGAGCAGCCAAAGCAGAUCACAAAUAGAGAAUCGGCCAAACCUGACCCCAAGCUACAAGCAGAGAUUGACAAGCUCAUGUCACAAUUGAAUGAGCCUGAGAAGGAACCGGCAACCAGUCAGACGUUGGCAGAGGAAGGAGAAGAAGAGGAGCAGAGCACCGACACAAUCGACAAGUUCGAGCCUGCAGCACCAGGUGGAGAUAUUCUACUUCAACCUUCAUAUUCUGCGACCGACCCUUCUACUUUAUUCUCAAACUUCACAUUCUUCCUUUCCCGAGAGACUCCUCGACAACCUCUCGAGUUCAUCCUCAGAGCUUUUGGCUGCAAACGUAUUGGCUGGGAUGCAGUUCUUGGCGAAGGUGCAUCCACACACAACGAGCUAGAUCCAUCAAUUACACAUCAAAUCGUUGAUCGACCUCCUAUUCAAGCCAUUCAAGAAGGCAACGCAAACGAAGAAGAAUUCGAGGACAGCCAGACUGCUCAGAAGCUCAAAGCUGGCACAAGAGUACCUGGACGUAUAUACGUUCAACCGCAAUGGGUUUGGGACUGUAUCAAUGACGAGGAGCUCAAGCGACCAGAUCUUUAUGCCCCAGGUGCCCAGUUACCUCCUCAUCUCAGCCCAUUCGUCAAGAAGGUCCGCGGCCAAUACGAUCCCAGUGCCCCUCUUAAUGAGCAAGAGCGUGAGGAUGAGGAAUUGGAAGCCGAUAGCGACAUGGACGAAGAGGAAGACCUCUCUGAUGAAGACGAUUUGGCUGUUCAGAAGCCAAAAAUUCUCACCGAAAACGAAGUCGAUGCUACUGCUGAGGGUAUGGAUGUCGCAGGAUCAGAAGACGGCGAGUCCUCAGAAAACGAGGAUGCAGACUCAUUUGGUGGAUUCUCCGAUGCCGAGGAAGAGGAAGACGAGGCUACAUCGACUUCAUUGCAAAGACAACGCGAGCUGGAAGCUGAGUUGACCGGUGUUGCAUUGGAAGAAAAGGAGUUCGACCCAAGAGCCAAGGCGAAGGCUGAUGCGAGGAAAAAAGCAGCACAGAGGGCGAAGGAGGAAGAGGAGGAGCUCGGGCGAGCAAAGAUGAUGAUGAGCAGGAAGAAGAGGAAGAUCAUGGAGAAGAUGGUUUAUAGUAACAAGAAGAAGGAUGCUGAGGCUGAGUUGCUGAGAGCUAAGAGGAGAAAGAUUGAGAAGUCGGGGAAGGGCGCUCCUAGAGUUUGAGUGCGCGGGCAAAAGUGUGGCGUUAGAGACGAUCAAUGGGCGGAGUUUCUGUAUUUGGCUCGGAGUAGCUAUGACUCUUGAACAGUAGACAGAUAGCCUUCAAUGACAUGUAAAGGCUAUUUAACAUCCACGUACUGCUUCUCGAAAGCCAGGUGUGAAGCACAUUUUAAAAACCGAC